AUGCACCCGGAAUCCGGCGCCGCGCGCCAGUCUACUGUUCUAGCUCUAGACGCCUGCACGCACGUGACGUGGCGACGCCGCGGCGCGGGCUGCGGUUUCCUAGCGACGGCGUUGCCCGGGCGACGGAGGGCGCCGGGCCUGGUGGGGCGGCGGGAUGAGCUCGGAGGGCGAAGGGGGCGGCGGCGGCGGCGGGGCGGAGGGGCGGAGGAGGGCGGCGAGGGCGCGGGGGGAGGCGCGCGAGCCAAGGCGCCCAACCUCGCCUCCGAGGACCCGCAGGAGCGCAUCGCCGCCCGGCGCCUCCGCAUCGCCGCCCGACUCGAGGCCAAGAGGAGGGAGGCGCUUGGAGAAGAUCCAGAUGCACAUAAGCUGGUGGAAGAGGAGCAGAGUCGGAGCCACAAACAGAUAGAGGACAGCAGACAGAGGUUGACUAAGCUGCUGAUUGAUGGCACACAGCUAGUGACAAACAUCCAGGUGGCAGCUGAUUCUCGAGAGACUCACAGGAGGGCAGAGGAAGAGGAGCUGAAUCGGCAAAGGGUGGAGAAGCUGGAGAAUGAAUCCAAGGCCAACCAAGACAAGUUUAACGAGAUCACUUCCAAGUGGGGAGCUACCAAGGAGAAGGUCAUCCCCCAGGAGCUCUGGGAAGGGCUCAAUGCGCAGCAGAUGCUGUGUGCACAGCUGAUCGAAGAAAAGAACAAGCUCAUCAGUGAGCUGCAGCAGGAGCUGAAAAGCAAAGAUGACCAGUACGUGAAGGAUCUCCGGAAGCAGUCAGAAGACAUUAACCUGCUGCUGGAGCGGAUGGAGGAGCAGAUCAGAAACCUCAUAAAAAACUACCGCCGAGAGCUCCUGCAGAUUGAGAAAGCCUUUGAAUUAGAGCGCCGUGAACUCCUCACGAGCAACAAGAAGAAAUGGGAACAGGCCAUGCAGUUGCUCAACCGCCAAGAGCUGGAUUUCAUGAUGGCCCGCCUGAAGAAGGUGGAGGAAUAUGAGCGCGAGCUGAACCAGCUGCGGGUGCAAGACGCCGAGGAGUACAACGUGAUCAAGAUCAAGUUGGAGCAUGACGUGCAGAUCCUGGAGCAGCAACUCCAGCAGAUGAAAGCCAUCUACCAGCUGAACCAGGAGAAGCUGGAGUACAACUUCCAGGUCCUGAAGAAACGGGACGAGGAGAACACCAUCAUCAAAUCCCAGCAGAAGCGGAAGCUGAAUCGGUUGCAUGAUAUCCUGAACAACCUGCGCCUCAAGUUUGCCAGGCAGAUCAAGCAGUACCGCGAGGAGAACAUGGCUCUGACGGCUGACUACAAACGGAUUGUGCAGCAGUACAAGGACCUGCAGAGGACCAUGAGGCACUUUGCCAUCGUGGACGCUGAGCACUUCCUGGAUGUGUGGCUGAUGAACGAGGAGGAGGCCAAGGGCCUGAUCCGCAAGGCCUUCAGCGCCGACCGCGUCAUCCACGCCCAGCAACUGGGGUUACAGUGGAUCGAGCCAGACAGCUGGUUCCUGCACAAUGUGGGUCCCAUCGUGCACAGCAAGAAGAUGAAGUCAGCCAGCGAACUGGCCAGGGAGGUGAUCGCGCCAGAGACCAGCAAGUCUCUCACGUUGGAGGGCGGCUUCCGAGAUGAGAAGGAAAGCGCCCCAGACGAGGACCGCCAGGGGCCUGAAGGCGCAGAGCCAGAGGUCAAGGCGCUUUGGUCCAUCUCCACCAAGACGGUCAAGCACAUCCUGGAGCUCCUGUGCGAUGAGUCGGGCUUCCUGAUCGAGAGCAAACUGCGAGGUCUCCUCCAGCCCCUGGAAAAGCACGACCGGACCCUCAUGAGGCUGGAUUCCAUCUUCACGGCUCUGUCCAUCGUCAGCGAAGACGACGUGUAUCACCUGGUGCAGUUCUUCAGGGGCUUCAAGGCUCAGCAGGUGGCUGCUAAUCCGGAGUUGGAAGAGUUCCUCGCGGAGCUAGGCCCCAAAGAAGAACCUUCAGAGGUCGAGGCGGAGGAGGAGGGCGAGAGGGAGAGGGAGGGCUCUUUGGCCCCGCCAGACGAGGACAAAGCCCCCCCAAGCACGUCUUCGAUUCUCUCUGCUUUGUACAUGCACCCCAACGACAUCCUUAAAGCCCUUAAGGCUUUCGUCCAGGAAUUCCAGGAGCCAAGGGAUAAAUACCCCCUGGUGAAGAAAGCGCGCGAAGAACGGGACGACUCUAAGGACUCGGAGUAUUGGGACGCUCUCGCCCACGCCAUCCCGGACGGGAAUCUGAAGCUGUGGGAUGCCCUGGUCUCUGGCUUACACAAAUACCACCAUAUCCUGGACCAGAGAGCAAAGCUGAUCGCUGAGACGGACGGGCUGAGCCAGCAGAAUGCAGAGCUCAGGAUGCUGCUACGGCAGUAUCUCCAGUCCCCGGUGAAUGCAGAGCUGUUGAUCCCUCCAACCCACUUGCUGCACCUGCAAAUGAACACCUGAUGUCCUGGCGUGGUUGCUGCCCCAGCAUCUUCCUCAAGGCAUCCCAGGGAGCCUUGCUUAACUCCUCAAAGGAGUGUUGGCGGGGGAAAGAAGGCUUGGCCUGUCGUUCCCUCAGCUGCCCUUGAGCUCUGGUUUGGGUCACACCUUGGUGAGUAGUCCCUGGCGAAGUACAAGCCACACAGCUCUUCCCCAGCAACUGGGGCAUCCCAGGAAAGGCUUGCAAACACUUUUGACAUGUGUUGGGAUCAGGACCUUUGAGUGUCCUGAAAAAUCCCCAUCUGAUGUGUUUCAGAACCAGCAAAACUCACCACUGACCCUCCCAAAAUGUUAACUUUCGCGUUUGUUACCCCUUGGGAGAAGAUGUUACUCGGAACGCAGAGGUUUCUAAGUGUCAGGGAGAGGAGGCAAAUAAAUGGCUAAUUGUUGUGGCU